GGACUCCACCUGCUUGUUUACCUACUCUUAUAUUUUUCAAAAGAAAUUGGCGGCACAAUCUUAUUUUUGUAGAAUUUUUAUUCAUUGUCCUAAUGUGAGACUUAAUUCUCAUGUUUCACUAUAGAUACAUUAUUUUACCAUUCACUCUGCAGUGGUAUAUUGGCAGCUUCAUGGAAUAGUUUGAAACUUACCAGUUUUGUUCACUUUUUCCCCAAUUGGGAUAUUUUAACUCAGCAUCUCCUUAUUUGUUUGCCUUAUCAGCCCUUCGUCUUUGACAUGCUACAGUGUUUGGACUUUUAUUGUAAUUGAAACGGCCUGGCAACGCGUUUUGCUUGCUAAUUGGUUUCCUGAUUGCAGUCAUAAAAUUGUUUUGAUCAGUUUCUCACAGUGGUGACAACCUCAUUUGAUGGGCAGCCAGUGCAACAACCAUGAAUGAUUGCGGCCUGUUGGAGGGAAACUGCAGUUUUAAAUUAAAUGUCAAUUAUUCCUUUGAGGAAAUUGCUUUCCCCCAUUGUAGCAGGAUCUAUUUUAAGAUAUCAUUACAGGGAUAUGUUGGUAUUGUAAAUUUUGAAUUGAUAGUGAAGCCUUAAUGGAGACGUUUGCUUUUCUAUAUUACCAAAUUUGCAGUUAAACACUUCAAUCAUUUGUUAAUGCAGCCUAAUUUGUACACGUUGAAGUUGUGACUUUUUAUUUAUGUUUCCAGAGGGAGACAGAUAUCACUUUAAAAAAUGUAUGUUUUUAGUUUAUUUUUCAGUAUAUCUUAUUUCCAGCAUUGUAAUAGAAAUGUUUUAUCAGUACAGGAUUUGGAAAUUAAUUGCAUGUAAAGGACAUAAUCUGCCGUUUUUAGAAAUAAUUUUUGUGCGGUAAACUGCAAGUAAUUAAUUUUAACUUUCAAUCUAAUUAAGAAAUCUCCCAUUUAUACAUAGACGCAGUCCAAGAGGAAUAUUUUACUCCAUUAACGUUUUCUAUUGCAGAACACAAUAAGUGAAACCCAACAUUGUGCAAAGUUUUAGUUAUCCAUGUCAAUGUUUAAUUACUCACUCAUAUUUGAAUUAUUUCAUGCUUUUAAAUACUGGGAAAACCAUGAAUGGCUCUUAAAUUGGAGACUGUUAAGAACUGGACACAGAUGUGGUGUGGAACUAUCUGGGCUCUUAUCUUCCACUGUACAUCAAUUAGAUAUCAUGUUAACACCUUUAUUAUCUGUACUCUGAUUUUCCUGCAGACCGAUUCUUCUCCCUCUAUGUCACUCGCCCAACUUGCCAAGACUGCUAAUCUGGUUGAUGCAAAUGCAUCAGAGGAAGACAAGAUCAAAGCUAUGAUGUCUCAGUCCAACCAUCAAUAUGACCCCAUACAUUACUCCAAGAAGGCAGUGGGACCUCCACCCGCUAAUUAUACCUGCUUUCGCUGUCUAAAGGCUGGUCACUACAUUCGACAGUGCCCCAUGCUGAUGGUCCAGGAUAAGAGUGUAGAGGCUCCUAAGCCAGUAAAGACCAGUAAAGGUAUUCCUCAGAGCUUCAUGGUGAAAGCUGAGCCAGGCACCAAAGGAGCCAUGUUAACCAGCACUGGAGAAUAUGCAAUACCUGCGAUAGAUGCGGAAGCAUAUGCUCAAGGAAAGAAAGAGCGCCCUCCCUUUGUUCCUCAUGAGCAGUCAUCAUCUGAGGACGAUUCAGACCCAAUCCCUGAUGAACUCCUCUGCCCAAUCUGUAAUGACUUGAUGACAGAUGCUGUGGUUAUACCCUGCUGUGGGAACAGUUACUGUGAUGAAUGUAUAAGGACUGCCUUGUUGGACUCAGAGGAGCAUAUCUGCUUCACAUGUAAGCAGUCGGAUGUUUCACCUGAUAAUCUAAUUGCCAACAAAUUUCUUCGUCAGGCUGUAAACAACUUUAAGAAUGAAACGGGAUACACCAAACGAUCUCGCAAGCAGGUCCAACAUGCAACCUUGCCACCACCGCGCCCUCAGUUGACCAGGCCACUGCCCUCAAGACAGCAAGACCCACUGCUAGCCAAUGCCAUUCCCUCACCUCCAAGUGUACCCACAGCUGCACCUCAAUCACAGGUCCAGCUCCCUGUAUCUACUCCUGCUGAUACAUCCACUGCUCCUAGUUCUCCUCAAGCAACUGCUGUUGAUGGUCAAGAUGUUUCAACAUCCCCUGCACCUGCUGCUGACCAUCAUUCUCCGAUUCACUCCUCCAGCCAGGGUGAACCACCCCCUCCAGGUGAAAUAGAUCCAGAACCACCUGUGAGAGCAGCCUCUGAAACUACCUCAGAGAGUGGAUCACAUGCCUUCCAUUUACCACUUAUUGGCCAUCCACCACCUCCAAGGCUGCCUAAUCCACCAGGUCACCAGUCAAGGCCGCAUCACUCUCAGAGAGGGGGAGGCAGACAGUGGGAGAGGUCCUACAGAAGUAGAGGAGAGUACCCCCCCACCCACAUCCAAACGGCUCCACCUCUUGCACCCGCUCCUCCAGUAUAUCCAUCUCCGUCCCUGUAUCCUCCCCCACCGCAGCCCUAUCCCCCUCCAUACACCACUGGCCCUGGCCUUAUUGCUCCUCCUCCAAUUGGUUACCAACCCCAGCCUAUCUAUGCCCCUGGACCACCAGGGCUCAACCUCAAUGCAUGGGUUCCCCCUGGUACCCAGCCCCAUCUACCCCAUCUUCCACCUUCCCUUCCUCAGCCUCCCCUCUCAAAGGACGAUUUCUACAGACAGCGGCACAGACAGGACAAAGUCACCUCCAAACUAGAUGAAUUUACUCAAGACUUCCACAAAGAACUUAUGAAGUACAGAAAUUCCCCAAAGAGACGAAGACGGUCUUUCUCCAGGUCCCGGUCGUACAGUCGCUCUCCGUUCAGCCGUUCUUACAGUCGCUCAAGAUCCAGAUCCAGGUCUUACUCUUAUACCCCCAGUCGAUCACGCUCCCGUUCACGCUCCCAUGGUCGGUCUUAUCCCCGCUCCCCUUACUCCAGACGCAAUGGACGCAGUUAUGGACGCUCACGGACAAGAUCCCGCUCCCGUUCGCGGUCCUACGGGUACCGGCGCUCUGGCUCACCACGGUCUCCUUCCUCCUAUCGGGGUCCAGGCUGGGAAGGACCAGAAGGAGCAGUACCCUUCAGGUCCAGGUCACGGUCUCGUUCCCCUGGGGGCUUCCGAAGCCGCAGCCCAGGAGGGCGGAAGCUACCACCUCGGGAGCUACCACCAUAUGAGCUUAAGGGAAGAAGUCCUGGAGGUGAUGAUCGCUGGGAGAGGGAAAGGUAUCGACAGUGGGAAAAAGAAUAUACAGAUUGGUACAACAAAUACUACAAAGACUAUGACGGCCAACAACCUUCAAUGCAUCACAGAGGCCGUGGCAGCAGAGACAGGGACAGGGACAGGGACAGGGUGCGUGAUAGAAUGUCCCCACUAUCAAGAGAUUACUCUCCCCAUGGUAGAGGAAGAAGAGGGAGAGAAGAGAGAGGUGCUCCCCCUCACCAUCCUCCAUCCUCUUCCUCAUCUGGGACUAAGUCCAGUAACAAAGUCUUGAAAACAAAGAAAUUGAAAAAGAAAAAGACUGGAGAGGAAGCAGAGGCCUCAAAUCAGUCAGACAGAGGUGAUGCUACUCCUGUCAGAGAUGAACCGAUGGAUGAAAUCCCCUCACUCAAUACAACAUCUCCCGUCUCCUCAAAACCUGCAUCUGGUUCUGCAUCCGCUAAAGCUCCAGCUUCUAAAGGUUCUGCCACACCAGCUAAACCUUCAACCAAGGCUACAUCGAAGACACAGUCUGACAAAACUAAGAAAGAUAAGGGUCAGAAGGUUAAAGCUAAAGUGAAGACAGAGAGUGUGAAACCAAAAAGUGAAAAGGUAAAGAAAAAGACUGUAGAAGGUGUGGCCAUCAAAAAGAAAGAUUCAUCUUCCUCCUCCUCCUCUGUUGCUAAACCUUUAAAGACUAUUAAAACUAAAUCAGAAGAUGCUUUGAGCUCAACUACCCCUAAAAAAGAGAAGAGUAAAAGCUCUUCAGUUAGGCCUCCUCUGCUUAAGACCCCUCCACUGUCCUCCCAGAACAUGCCUCUACCUCUUCCUUCUGUUCAUGACGGUCCCCGUCUUGGCCAUGACAUUCGGGGAAGAAGAGAUCUUCCACCUAGUGGUGGUCUACUUCCCAUGACUCAUCAACAUGGACUCCCACUCCUUCAUCGACCUCCCUCACCGGCGGACAGUCGUAGAAGAAUGGGAGACGAGGGCCGCUCUUUACUUGGACCUCCUCCCGGAAAGCUGAGGAGGAUUGAUGGGCUUGGUGGUGACGUCCUCUGUCACCCACACCUUUCUCACCAGAUGCCGCUCCACAGACAUCCGCAUUCAGACAGACCCGGUCUUCUUCCACUUCCAGGGAGCCGCGAAAUGGGCCGUGGAGAUGCAGAUCGGGGACCCAUCAGACCUCUGAUGGACCUGCCGAUGUCACUACCCCAAAGGAGGAUUAAGUUGAACAGGGAUCUUGGUAGAAAAGGCAGCAACGAUACGCCAGUCUCGGAGAGAGCACCAUCAGGCCCUGAGAAGACUGGUUCCACCUCAGACCGAUCAGCUGCUAUCAACUUAUCGGAAGGAGACAGAUCCUGCAGCACAUCAGAUGGAGCUGGAAGAAAGGACUGGCCUGCAUCUGCUGAGAGACAGGGUUCAGACCGAGAGCAGGACAAAAGCUCGGGACUGGACAGAGAGAGGGAGAGAGUCUCUGGCUCGGACAGGGACAGAGACAGGGACAGGGUCUCUGCCUCAGACAGGGACAGGGAGAGAGUCUCUGGCUCGGACAGGGACAGAGUCUCUGGCUCGGACAGGGACAGGGUCUCUGGCUCGGACAGGGAAAGGGUCUCUGGCUCGGACAGGGACAGAGUUUCUGGCAUGGACAGGGACAGAGACAGAGUCUCUGGCAUGGACAGGGACAGAGACAGAGUCUCUGGCUUAGACAGGGACAGGGACAGAGACCGAGUCUCUGCCUCAGACAAAGAGAGACUCCCUGGAUGUGACAAAGAGAGACUCCCUGGAUCUGACAAAGAGAGACUCCCUGGAUCUCCCUGGAUCUGA